UGCGAGUAUUGUGCAAUUUGGAAUUAGACCUACUCGGAUGAAUGAGUGAACAUGUAUAAAGUUGGCCGAGCAAUUCAUCGGCAUGCCGUCUCUUCAUCAUCGAGGCAGUUCUCCACAGAGAAUUCAGCAAUCAAAUCAAUAUUCAGUCAAGAUGCCUCUCUCGGAAGAUCCCCAAAUCUUGGAGACCGCCAAUGGCUUCGUAAGCACGCUGCGCUCUGCAUUUGGCCACACUACGAACGAGUUCCGGCCUGCACAUGCCAAAGGUCAUCUCUUGACCGGCACUUUCACACCAACAAGCUUUGCGUCUGCCCUCAGCAGUGCGCCGCACUUCAACACUUCAUCCGUACCCAUCACCGUCCGGUUCUCUUCCUCAACGGGAUUCCCACAGAUCCCCGAUACUGACGUCAAUGCCAAUCCACGUGGCAUCGCAGUUCGUUUCCACCUCGCGGAUGUAGGUGGUAAGCGACAGCACACAGAUAUUGUUGCACACUCCACGAAAUUCUUUCCAACACGCACUGGCGCCGAGUUCCUGGAGUUCUUACAGGCAGCCGGUGGGCCUAACGCUGAAAAAGCGGUCCCUGAGUUCCUUGGCCGUCACCCGGAGACAGCGAGGUUCUUGCAGGAUCCUAAACCGAGCCCUGUGUCUUUUGCGACCGAGAAGUACUUCGGCGUGAAUGCGUUCAGAUUUCUCAAGGAUGGUAAGGUGACGAUACUGCGCUAUCGUAUUGUUCCUGCGGCCGUUGAGGAGCAUCUUGACGCAGAGGCACUGAAGUCAAAGUCAUCGACCUACCUCUUUGAUGAGGUUCCAGAGCGCCUCCAGGCAGGACCUAUCGAGUUCAAGCUGCUUGCGCAAAUUGCUGAAGAAGGCGAUUUGACAGAUAAUGCGACGGUCAUAUGGCCCGAAGAGAGAGAGAUCGUCGAGCUGGGCAGGUUAAUGGUCGAGAGGACGCUUAGUGAAGAGGAGAGUCGGGCGAAGCAGAAGCAGAUCAUCUUCGAUCCGAUUCCAAGAGUCGAGGGUGUUGAGGCUAGUGACGAUCCACUCCUAGAAGUCAGAGCCAGCAUCUACUUGAUCUCGGGCAAGCAGAGGAGGGCGGACAAGGGUGGUGACGCUGUGGAUGCGGACCCCAAGAAAGCUGUCAAAGCUGUCAAAGCUGCAGCUUAGAAGAACCUCUGGGGGUGAUUGUUGCCGGCUUCAGAAGCGUUUCGAAACUGUUUACCUGCUGCAACCAAACCUGGUGCGCAAUAGACCAUCCAAAUCCAGAAACACUAUUUUGUGAUGUUUAGUAAAGACGGAC